CCCUCUGCUUUUCUGUACGACGAAUACCAGCCAUUCAUUUCCAAUUCUUCUCCUUCCUCCCUUUCCAAACACCCCAAAAGCGCAAAACUUGGCAAUGUCGCCACAUACCCACUUCGCCAAAUGGCCGCCACCGCUCAAUUUUCCCUCCAAAUCCCCUUCCCCUCAUCCCAUGUCCCCUCUUCCUCCUCCUCCGUUGCCUCCCGCCGUCUCCGGCAGAACACCCACAUCCCCAAAACCCUCUUCCGUCCCAUUCUCAGCCGCCCCACCAAUUGGGCAAUCAGGAUGACCCUCUCGCCGGUGGAUCAGAAACAGGCUUCGUCCGACAGUUCGUCGGAUUCCGAUUCGGAUAAAGGCAGCAACGAUGUCGACAUGGCGAAGCUGGUCGAUUUCCUCUACGAGGAUCUCCCCCAUCUCUUCGACGAGCGAGGAAUCGAUCGGACGGCGUACGACGAUUAUGUUCAGUUCCGGGACCCAAUCACCCGCCACGACGACCUCGAUGGGUAUCUCAUGAAUAUUGCGGCUCUCAAGCAUCUGUUCCGCCCCAAGUUUCAGCUGCACUGGGCCAAGCAGGUUACAGGAUCUUACGAGAUAACUACGAGGUGGACGAUGGUGAUGCGGUUCAUAAUUCUUCCAUGGCAGCCGGAGUUGGUCUUCACGGGGACUUCUGUGAUGGGCGUCAAUCCUAAGACCGGCAAGUUCUGCAGCCACGCGGAUUACUGGGAUUCUGUUUCCAACAAUCAGUUCUUUUCGCCGGAAGGAUUGUGGGAUGUGAUUCAACAGUUGAGGAUUUACAAGACCCCUGACAGGGAAACGCCCAAGUACGAGAUAUUGAAGCGGACAGCCGUUUAUGAGGUAAGAAAGUACAAGCCUUUUAUGGUAGUUGAAACAACUGGGGAUCAUUUGGCAGGCUCAGGUGGUUUCAGUUCUGUCACUGGGUAUAUAUUUGGGAAUAAUACAAAGACGGAAGUAAUAUCUAUGACCACUCCGGUAUUCACUGAGGCGAAGGAUCCCGAGCUGUCAAAAGUUGCCAUCCAAGUAGUUCUUCCCCUGGAUAAAGACUUUAGCAACUUACCAGAACCAAUCGAGGAUGAUGUGAGAUUGAAAAAGAUGAAAGGAGGAUUUGCUGCUGUGCACAAGUUCAGUGGGAAACCAACCGAGGAAAUAACACGCGAGAAGGAGAAAGUAGUUCGGUCCUGUCUCGUCAGGGAUGGUCUUAGUGCAAAGCCAGGUUGUUUGCUUGCUCGUUAUAACGACCCUACCCGAACCUGGAGCUCUAUCAUGAGGAACGAAGUGCUGAUAUGGCUCGAAGACUUCUCGCUGGACUAACCGGGCUGCAAAAUAUCUUGGUAGAUCGGCAAUCUAUUCUCCAGUCUCCACCAGCUCAUGGAAUUGAAACUCAGGUUCAUACCUUAUCCAGACUGCUAUUGAACAGAUUGGUUCGCGGAUAGCUUUGAUGUAACAUUGUAAAUACAACUCCAGAUUAUAGAUGGUUAAAUGUUGAAAACAUUAGAAUUCAGAUGGGAUUUUCCUCUUUUUU